UUUCGAACGGCAUCAAAAUCUGAAACGCAUGCGCGAAUUUCAAUCGGAGAACGUCAUCCGCGGUCCUCGUGGCGCGAGUGUUAGAACUUGACUUGGUGCUUUUAGUCUCUCCGGUCCCUUCGUUCCGUCCUUGUCCUUCUCCCGGGCACGAUUUUUCCUCAAAAAUCACCUAUUUUCAAUUAUUUAGUGUCUCAAAAAAUCUGAAAGAUCUGUUAAAAACAAUGGACGAAGCUGAGAGAAGUAAAAAACUCUAAGAAUUGGAGAACCAACUUGGAGAACACAUGCCACAGAAGCAACCUCUCGAUCUUCUACCAAGAAGUCCUAAUCAUCAGAAAAUCUUUCGAGGACCUGGUAAAGAAGAUCAUCAAGAAUUCAUCAUCAAUUCAAGAAUUGUACAAUACAGGGACCAAAAUCUACAGAGGGAACCAUGUCGACAGAAAUUCUUCAGGUGACAGAAGAUAAAGUGAAGAGGAAGACCGGAAGUCCAAAGGAUGGAACCACAGCUCAAAGAAGAUGGCGCCUUCUUGCGAGGGCUUUAACUCGUUCUCCAGAGCUUUAUCCGGAAGGGGAAGAUGAAAUUUCGGUUCGAAGAUUCACAUCCUUUGAUUUGUUGAGACCCCUCAUCUUGGAGAACGUGGCUGAUGCAGAGUCUUCCUGGUACGAGUACUCUACAGUGAUUGACAACGAGUUGUUUGAUGUGCAGAUCCGGAAGAUCAACAAGAAUUUCACUGCCAAUGAAUUGAUUGGGUUUAAUAACACCGGGAAUGUGUGUGUCUGGCCUUCGGAAGAGUGUUUGGGAUAUUAUUUGCUGAAGAAUAGAAACAUCUGCAGGAACAAGGUGGUCCUGGAAUUAGGAGGUGGGAUGAGUUGCUUGGCCGGUGUCCUGGUGGCCAAGUAUUGCAAUCCUAGUGGUGUCACUCUCACCGACGGAAACGUGACCAGCGUUGAUAAUGUCAGGUGCAUCGUUGCCAGAAACAGCAUGGCUGAUUUCGUAAGGUGCGGCGUGGUGCAAUGGGCCAGGGCCGCCAAUGCACUCAGGCAGGCUGGAAACAAUGGAAACAGAAUUCAGUCCUGGGAUGCGGAAGCAGUUGACGAAUCCCGACAGACUGACGGCCUUUACGACGUGAUCCUGAGUGCCGACUGUCUUUUUUUCGACGAGGCUCGUCUCGACCUUGUGGAAACAAUCUACGGAUGGUUAGCCGACGAUGGGGUCGCCCUCGUAAUGGCUCCUAGACGAGGACCAACAUUCCAAAGAUUUGCCGAAGCCGCCCUCAAAAGAGGUUUUUUAGCUCGUCAAAAUGAACAUUAUGAUGCCAAAGUUUGGUCAAGACACUUGGAACUUCUGAAGCAUAAUCAGGAGUACUGUCCUGAUUUGCACUUUCCGAUUCUUCUCGAACUUACCAAACAGACCAAAACUCCACCUGGAUGAUCAUAAUUUUCGAAGUCCGAUAAUGCGGCCAAUAUUUUUUCUAAUUUCGCCCAGAUCUCAUUCUGAGUGGGUUUUGAUGGAUUGUUGAAAGACAAGUUAUAUCAUCAUGAAAACCGUGAAUGGAAAUCAAAAAUCUGCUGAGCAAGCAAUUUUUGUACUGGUUUUUUUGUUGUUUUCGGCGAGGAAGGUUGAUGAUGAACCUUAGAGCAGAUAAUCAUAAAUUAAAAAUCAUAAUAUAGGGAAUCUGUAUUAUCAUCAGGGUGGUCAAUCAGAAUUGUGCGUUUUUCUAGAAUUUAAAAACUAAAUUUCAACUUUGAAAAAAAAAUCGCUCCGCUGGGAAUCGAACCCAGGUCUUCCGAUUGCCGGUCCGGUACUCUAUUCACUACCUGACUGACAAUCGGAAGACCUGGGUUUGAUUCCUAGGGAAGCGGUUUUUUUCGCAGAUAAAAUUUAAUUUUUAAAAUAAAAAUAAGAGUGGUUUCCUCUGUGUAAGAUAAUUUAUUUAAUUUAAUUAUUGGUUGAGACUAAGUUUAGAAAAAGGAUUUUUGAUUCAAAGAAAAUUUUUUUGCUGCCAAUACAAAUAUUCCUUGGCACUCAGUCAAAGAAAUGGGUUUUUGCAUCCAGGAGCUAUUUUUGAUUUAGUUUAAAAAUUAUCUUUAAAAAAGAACGCUUUUUUAAUUUAAGACAAAUAUUUUUCUCAAUUGGUGGAAAUCAAGAAAAAGUGGGAAAUGAUCGAAGUGCAUGGAGUUUCGAAAAAAGUACGUUUAAAAAUUUUUGUUAUGCUGUGAAAAAUGUAUUAAUUAAAUUCUCAUGUAAAAUUAGGUAUCUAUAACAGUUUUAACAUUCUUUGCUGAAAAAGAAAUUUUCAACAUUUGAACUUGAAAAUUCAACAUUACAAAAUAAAAUUGAACAUUCAA